GGUUUGGGAGGCCGCGACUCAUACAACCGAUAAACCAAUUGCCAUUAAGUCCGAUUUUGAAGAGCGUUUGAUCCACCCAAUCAGACUGCUCGGAAAAAGGCGCGUCGCGGCCAAUGGGCUUUGAACGAGCAGCGCGGUUUCUUGGGUGACAUUUCGGCUGGGCGCUUUUCGGGGGACCCGGGAGGCGAGGCGAAGGAGUGUGGCGGCGUCUGCGUCUCGGCCUUCGGGUGACCCCCCCCCAACUUCUGCAGAGCGGCCGGCCAACCUCCUCUUGAAAUCCUGGAACCUGAGAGAGAAGAAGUCAUUUUGAUACUGUUUGGAGCUGUUGUCCUUUGAACAAGUGAAUCUCCAGAGUUCUGCUGUUCUGAAGGAGUGCUGCAUUGCCUACCAGUAGAUCCUAUACGUACUGUAUUUAGUGAUCCUGGUAAGAUUGUUGUAUUGCAAUGCAAAGGGCUUCACGGCUCAAGAGGGAGCUGCACCUACUGAUGACAGAGCCACCACCAGGUAUUACUUGUUGGCAGAAUGAAAGUCGCAUUGAUCUUCUUCAAGCACAAAUUCUGGGUUCUGCAAAUACACCUUAUGAAAGAGGGGUUUUUGAUUUGGAGGUUGUUGUACCUGAAAGGUAUCCAUUCGAACCUCCGAAAAUACGUUUUCUAACCCCAAUCUACCAUCCCAACAUUGACUCAGCAGGAAGAAUCUGCUUGGAUGUGCUCAGAUUGCCACCUAAGGGUGCAUGGAGGCCAUCCCUGAAUAUUGCCACCUUGCUGACCUCUAUACAGCUGCUUAUGAAUGAACCCAAUCCGGAUGACCCACUCAUGGCUGACAUAUCCUCAGAGUAUAAAUAUGACAAGCAAGCAUUCCUCAGAAAUGCUAGACAAUGGACAGAGAAAUAUGCAACCCAGACAACAAUGGUCUUGGAAACUCCAGAUGACGUGAACCACCAAAGUGAGACCAACCCAUCCAAACUUUCUGAUGUUUCCCAGAAAAGGAAAGGAAGCAGUGCUGGUGGGUCAUCCAAAAAAGUUUGCUCAGAUACAUAGAGGAUUUGCCGCUGUACAGUAUCCCAUUCUCUGUCAGUAUUUGUUUUUAGUGCCAUUUUCCAUCUCUUAAAUAAGUUUGAUGUAAUUAAUGUACUGUUUACUCAUGAUGUAAUGCCUCUGCAGCUGUCAAUGAUCUUAUUAUAGUGUCCAGUAUGUUGGUGUCUGUUCUUAAAAACACAUUGCUUUACUUCUCUGGCAUAUCCACAUUCUUCAGGGCAUUUUCUCUUUUAUUUUAUUUUAUGCUGGAUUCCCUAUCUUUUGCUGUAGUUAUGCUCAUUUUUAAAAAACAAUAAAGGCAAGAAUGAAUACAUAAUA